AAUUAUAGCAAAAUUAAACAAAUUAAAGAAAGUUUAAGUAGUAGUUUACGCACUCGUUUCGUUCUUUUCCGACCUUUUCCGUCCCCAGACAGCAUUAGUCAUCAUGACUGGACAUCAAUGGUCCUACGACAUCCUAAAGAAAAUUGCCUGUGAGGGCUCUGCCGACAUUAACGAGCUGAAGCAGAUCUUCGCGUUGGACAUCAACUCAAGGAGAAAACUCGACUCCAUUCGCACCAUUGAAGAUCUAAUUGAUGUUUUGGAACGUGCGGAUAUGUUGAGCCAGGAAAAUAUCGAGCCCCUCCACAAGAUGACGUUCCAUAAACCGAAACUGAUCGAAGCCCUCGACAGCUACAAGACACGCGGACAGGCGGAACUCCGUGAACCCAUCAAUCUCUACCAAGAAGAGCGAAUGGCGGAGGAGCUGAGGCAACAGUUACGCGUUAGCCACAACAGCCAGGCACCUCCACUUGUGGCUGCAACUCCUGCACCGACAUCGCCACAGCAAAACUACGUGACACCGACUGCGUUCACGGAUCGCAAACGGGCGGCUGUCUUCAAUAAGAUCUCCGAGGAACUUGGGCGAUUCUGGCGACAAUUUGGGCGCAAUGCGGGCAUUGGUGAGGGCACCAUGGACGACAUUGAAGAGCGAUAUCCACGUGAUCUCAAAUCCAAAAUUAUACAUCUACUUGGCCUGAUCGAGGAGGACGAUUGCCAUGACCCUAGACAUUUACUUAUGCGCCUCUGCAGAGCCUUGACGGAAUGCGGCAGGAGCGACAUAAAGAGGAAGGUGGAGCAAAUAAUGUCCCACUGAAGAGGAAAGAUUGCAUGCUAAACUAACUGUAAAUGAUUUAUAAUAAUACAAAACAACAGUUGAACCAGGAAACCAAAGAA